AUGGGCAGCUUCAUCUUGCAAAAAAAAACCCUCAUAGUUCCCUUGCACUACAUUAUAUGUGUACCUUCGCUCACAGAGUACGGUAGCGGGCAAUGCGGUGCCUGUGCCAUCCCAUCAAGAGACUGGGCCCAGUGGAAGCGAAAAGCUUUGAUCACCCUUGAGCCUCAGGGUUCAGCUUACCCGUGGGAUCAAAACCAGGGAUCCGAAGGGGUUGCUUCCUGUACGAGCGUGCUGCGCAGAAGAUGA